ACGCACGCGUGACGUGCUGACAGUCCCGCUCAGGUGAGGUGCGGCUUCGGAGAGUUCGCGUGAGGAAAGAGUCGAAGUCAGGAGAGAGGAAAGCUGAAGGAAAACUGUCGGGGACAAGAGCCUUUCUCUCCCACCUCCCCCCAAAAAACACUGCGGACGCUGCAAUCGUUUAUUAUUUUAGAUCGUUCGGGGCGAGGAGGGGGGGGGGAAAGUGCGUGGAGUUAAGGGAAACCUGUGAGCGGUAAGCCGAAGGAGCUGAAGUCCAGGAUAACAAAGUCCCCUUCACUCUUUCCCCGUUCGGCAACGCUGCCGACAGACAAGGGGAACCAUGGCGGAGCAGGAAAGCCUGGAGUUCGGCAAAGCAGACUUUGUCCUGAUGGACACAAUCAACAUGUCAGAGUUCAUGGCAAACUUAAAAUUGAGGUUUGAGAAGGGCAGAAUCUAUACAUACAUUGGUGAAGUGGUGGUUUCUGUAAACCCUUACCGUUCUAUGAAUAUCUAUGGGAAGGACACCAUUGAGCAAUAUAAAGGGCGCGAGUUGUAUGAGAGGCCACCUCACCUAUUUGCUAUUGCAGAUGCCACAUACAAAGCCAUGAAGAGGCGAUCAAAAGACACCUGCAUUGUCAUAUCAGGGGAAAGUGGUGCUGGUAAAACUGAAGCUAGUAAAUAUAUCAUGCAGUUCAUUGCAGCUAUUACAAAUCCCAGCCAAAGACAGGAAGUGGAAAGGGUAAAGAACACACUAUUAAAAUCAAAUUGUGUUUUGGAAGCCUUUGGAAAUGCUAAGACCAACCGCAAUGAUAAUUCUAGUCGAUUUGGAAAGUACAUGGAUAUUAACUUUGAUUUUAAAGGUGACCCUAUAGGUGGCCACAUCAAUAACUAUCUGCUGGAAAAAUCUAGGGUUAUCGUGCAGCAGGGUGCAGAGAGAAGCUUUCACUCAUUUUACCAGUUACUCUUGGGUGGACCUGAAAAGUUGCUGCGGUCUUUGCACAUUGAGAAAAAUCCCACAACCUACAAUUUCAUCAAAGGUGGUGGAGUAGUAAAGUCUGCUAUAAAUGAUGCUGCUGACUUUAAGGCUGUCGCAGAUGCGAUGAAAGUGAUUGGGUUCACGGCUGAAGAGAUUCAGACAGUUUACAAAAUCCUCGCCACCAUUCUGCAUCUGGGAAAUUUAAAAUUUACAAUGGACGGUGACGCCACUCUCAUUGAAAGCAGUAAGCUGCUGUCAGUGAUUGCAGAACUGCUCUCAACUAAAACUGAUGCGGUAGAAAAGGCCUUGUUAUAUCGUACCGUAGCUACAGGACGUGAUGUGAUUGACAAACAACACACAGAUCAGGAAGCCAGCUAUGGACGGGAUGCAUUCGCUAAGGCAAUAUAUGAUCGGCUUUUCUGUUGGAUUGUCAACCGAAUCAAUGAUAUCAUUGAAGUUAAGAAUUAUGAUGCCAGAAUCCAUGGGAAAAAUACAGUUAUUGGUGUCUUGGAUAUCUAUGGCUUUGAGAUUUUUGAUGACAACAGUUUAGAACAGUUUUGCAUCAACUAUUGCAAUGAGAAGUUACAACAGCUCUUCAUCCAGCUUGUACUGAAGCAAGAACAGGAAGAGUACCAGCGUGAAGGCAUCCCCUGGAGACAUAUUGACUACUUCAACAAUCAGAUAAUUGUGGAUUUAGUAGAACUGCAACACAAGGGGAUCAUUUCGAUUCUUGAUGAUGCCUGCGUUAAUGUGGGAAAAGUUACCGAUAAGAUGUUUUUGGAUGCUCUGAACAACAAACUGCAGAAACAUGCUCAUUAUUCCAGCCGGAAGCUUUGUGCAUCUGACAAGACCCUGGAGUUUGAACGAGAUUUUCGGAUUAAGCAUUACGCUGGGCAUGUUGUAUACUCAGUCAAUGGGUUCAUUGACAAAAACAAGGACACACUGUUUCAGGAUUUCAAGCGGCUAAUGUACAACAGCUCUAAUCCUGUGCUGAAGAACAUGUGGCCAGAGGGAAAGCUCAGUAUCACGGAAGUAACAAAACGUCCUUUAACAGCUGCCACCUUAUUUAAGAACUCCAUGAUUGCAUUAGUAGAAAACCUGGCAUCAAAAGAGCCUUACUAUGUUCGAUGCAUUAAGCCCAAUGAGCAGAAAUCUCCACUCCUGUUUGAUGAGCGUCGCUGCCAGCAUCAGGUGGAAUAUUUAGGUUUAAUGGAAAAUGUACGUGUUCGGAGGGCAGGAUUCGCGAACAGGCAGACUUAUGAAAGAUUCCUGCAGAGAUAUAAGAUGAUUUCAGAGUUCACAUGGCCAAACCAUGAUAUGCGAACUGACCAAGAAGCUGUCAAGAAGUUGAUUGAGUGCUGUGAAUUUCAGCAUGACGUGGCAUAUGGAAAGACCAAGCUCUUCAUUCGGACACCAAGAACUUUGUUCACUCUGGAGGAGCGGCGAACACAGAUGAUUGAACGGAUUGUUCUCUUCCUGCAGAAGAUCUGGAGGGGAACCAUAGCUCGACUUCGUUAUAAACGCACAAGAGCUGUCUACACCAUCAUAAAUUACUACAGGAAAUACAAGGUGAAAUCUUAUAUCCGGGAGGUAGGCAAACGUUUCCAGAAUGUUGGGACCUUGAAGGAUUAUGGUAAACAUGUGAAGUGGCCAACUCCACCCAAGAUCAUACGUACAUUUGAUGAAACAUUGAAGUCUGUUUACCAAAGAUGGAGAGCAUUUCAACUGAUUAAGAGCAUCCCACCUGCUGACUUACCGCAGGUCAGAGCAAAGGUCGCAGCCUUUGCAAACCUGAAGGGCCAGAGAGGUGAUCUGGGCCUCCAAAGAAGCUGGGAGGGCAAUUACUUGGCAACUAAAAGGGAUAAUCCACAGAUGACACCUGCUUUCUCUGCAAGAGCUAAUGAACUGAAGCGAAAAGACAAAUACAUGAACACACUCUUUUCCAGUCAUGUACGAAAGAUAAAUAGAUUUAAUAAACCUGAAGAUCGUGCAAUUUUCAUCACUGACCGGCAUUUGUACAAAUUGGAUCCACUGAAGCAAUAUCAAGUGAUGAAGACUAUCCCAUUGUAUAAUGUUACUGGGGUGAGCGUGUCAACAGGAAAAGAUCAACUUGUUGUUUUUCACACAAAGGACAACAAAGACCUUAUUGUGUGCCUUCAUAAAAUGCAGCCAGCUAAUGAGAACCGUAUUGGAGAGCUUGUCGGCAUUGUGGCCAAUCACUUCAGAAGUGAGAAAAGGAACUUCCAUGUGAAGGCCAGUGAUCCAGUUCAGUGUACUAUGCAUGGCAAGAAGUGCACCAUCAUUGUGGAGACCAAGAUCAACCAGUCGCAGCCCGACUUCACCAAGACACGAUCAGGAUUUGUUCUUUCCUGGCCUGGAAUCUAACAAACGCCUCUUAUAGUUUUGUGGCUUAAGGCCAGAAUGCCCUUCAAAUUCACCAUGAAAAAUUCAACAUUAAUGAUGGGGAAAGGGGCAUGCGUAGUUCAUGUUUAGCAAUAUAAACAUUCAUGCUGCAGACAUGUUUUCUAGUAGACAUGCCUCUUCUGACUGAUCUGCAUGAUCCUCUUUGCAUUUGAUCUGCAUUGUCUUCUUCGACACUCUUUCUCCUGCUACCAGCUGAAGUUGGCUUUCUCUCUUUUGUCUAUCAUGAUUUCUCAAUCUCCUUAACAUAAUGAUCAUGCACAGCAGGCUCUGGUGUAGAUUUUAAGGGCUGUGGACUCUUGCCCUCGCUAUUUAUUUUUUUAUUUAAAGUUUUAACUCAAUUUUAAGAAUGCAGAAAGAGAGAGAACAAAUCGUCUCAUAUGAAAAUCCAUAAUUAUCUUCAGUCUGUAAAGUCUCACAGACCAUUAUGAAAUGAACUGUACUUGAGGUAAUCAUGUAUCUUAUGAUGUCCAUUUAAUUAAUCUAUUUAGCUUCAGAUUCCUGCUUAUUAUAACUCAUAUCUGAUGUUAUGUCAGUCUGGAACUGUUGCAAUUCUGAUAUGAUCUCUGCAAAACUCCAAGCCACAGUACAUUUUGAUUCCAUGCCAGGUAGCCAACCUACUCUUGCCUAAAUGAGUAAAAAGCUUGAACUUGCAACGUUUUUCAUUUGUUAAUCUAGCUUGAAAGAGGUUAUAUAAUGUCAGCCACGAUGUAUAACUUUCAAUCAAACUUACAGAUCUUGGUUUUAUUAAAUGUCAGAUUUGCGCUUUUGCACCCCUACCCCAACACUUCAAUGUACACAAAGUUAUUUACACAUUUUCUAACCGUUCUGUUGGCUUUUAUAAUUCAGAUGCUUGUGAAUGUGCUGCCCUCACCACAACAUCUGCUAACCAUAGCACAUCUUGCUUACUGUUGAAGUGAAACUUUCAAUUAUUCAUACAUUAACCUAUAUUCAUAACUAGAAUUCAUGUUAUCACAAGGUUUGACAUUAUCUUAUUGUAAUCCUAUUAUGGCAGACACUUAUAGGGACAGUUUAUUUCUCUGUUUUAAUUCCCCUUUCCUUUAACUCUGUAGACCAAUGCCUCUGCUGAUAUAGAGACAUACAGCACAGAAACAGGCCUUUCGGCCCACCUUGUCCAUGCCGACCAAGUUGGCAUGCUGGGCUAGUGAAAUUUGUCUGCAUUCGGCCCAUAGCAUUCUAAACCUGUGUGUCCAAAUGUAUUUUUAAAAGUUGUCAUAGUAUCCACUUCUAUAACUUCCUCUGGCAACCUAUUCCUGAUACGGAAUACCUUCUGAGUGAAAAUGUUGCCCCUGAAGUCCUCCUUAAAUCACUUUCCUUUCACCUUAAGCCUAUGCCCUUUAAAGCAGAACAAGUCAGUCAGGGAUGGAAAGUUUAAAAAAAAAUCUGGUCUUAUAGCAGAUAAUGUCCAUGAAUGUUGUGUUGCACCCGCUCAAAUGUUGCUUAACAUGGCCAGCAGCAUAAUGAAAUCUGCUUAUGUUCCUACAUAACCAACUUUAGCUGCAGUAAAUAUCCCUUCCAGAGUUCGAAAAUGAUGACUUCAAUUUCUACUCCAGCAUUCAAAUACUUUAAAGGGGUUGGCGAUGAAAAAAGUAAAUCAAAGGUUCUUUCUACAUCAGGUUGGAGAAUGGAGGAGAUUAAAUGAAGAGCAGAGUUCUCGCAUUUCCUGGCUGACAUAAUUCCUCAAUUAACAGCAUCUUAAACUGAUCUUAUUAUGUAUGUUGGGCGUUGCUGUACAAAAAUCAGGGUUUACAUUUCCUUGGAAAAGGAUACAUAUCAUUGGCUAUAAAAAGCUCUGGUCUAUCCCAGGAAGUGGAAGACUGUACAAUGAUGCAAAUUAUUCAUUCAUGUCUUUUGAAAUCCUACAGUCUAGGAAAUGUAUUCAUUUAAAAAUGAUAAUAGCUGAUGUAUAAAGAACCGUAUGCACAGCUUAAGCUUAACUGGAAAUGCAAUUGCUGUUGAAAUGUCACCAGUACAUUCAAAUCACUUCCCUGCUGCAGGGCAGGGCCAUCAAUAAGAUCAUUUUCUCUUCAUUGCUAUUUUUUACGACAAUUUUCAAUUUAUUGUGAAACUGGGCAGUUUUAAGCUGUGAGUACCCAUUCACUGAUCCUUGACCUUGUGUUUGCUGACAAGACUAUUCUUUUGAGCAUAACUGUAGACUCAACUGUACCAUCUAAGACUUUUUAAUAACAGAAAGAUGAAUAUAAUUUAAAUGUCUGAAUAUCUAGCAUUUUGUUAUGUAGUUUGGCAUUUGUUAUCCUGUAAGAUCAGAGAGUCAUUUUAUCUCUCAUGAAGUGGAUAGUCCUGAAGAUUCACACUGAUCAAUAGCGUUUCUUUAAAUGUAUCAUUUUUGGAAAGAUUGGGUCAAGGAACUGGAUAGAAAGGUGAUCAUGAGUUUUAGUUUUUGUUUUUCCACAGACCAAUCAUGUUAAUGAUUAAUGUUCAGCUAUGUUCCAAUGAAAGAAAUAAUGCCAAAGAUGUGGGUGCAUAUUGCACACAUUCCUGCUUAUCAUCAGGCAAUCCUUGAUUAUUAUUUAUUUAGCUUGCACUACAAAUGCUUGGUCUAUCUUCAAUAAUCAGUUAUGUUGUGUGGAAUAAUCAUGGAAUUUUCAACUUCUGAAGGAUGCCUUGUUGUUUUGACGCAGAGUUCAAUGUAAAAAUGGCCUCUGCUAGAUUUUAUGUUUUGUAUCAACUCCAAUAAUUGACUUGAAUCAAACUCUGCUAUUUCCAUUUCUGCAACCUGGUUACAAAGAUUGUAAACAAUUUAACUCCAAACAUUUUAACCAUCCAAAGACUGUAAAAGUGUCAGACAAUGCAGGAGCUGAGGAGGUUGCAUGGGACCACUCAAUUGCAUGUGUUAUGAUGGAGAGGAGUAGCAGUGUCACUGGCUGCAAAGAGAAAAAUAGCUUAUUUCAUAUUCUCCCUUCACUCUCCAUCACAGCCAGGUGCCAACAUAUCAGGUUUGGUGAUGGGCAAAUGUCUAUGCAUGUUGGUUUUGUUCUUAAUAUCGGAUUUUCCCUUCACAGAUCUAGUCAUGAGAUCAGGUGCGUUAGUUAAAAAAUAUGCAAUCAAAUGUGCCAGCAACACAUGCAAUUGUUCAAGUGCCUUUAUAUUGAAAAUGCAGGUCAUUGGAAGAUGCACCUGAAAUCAUUUGGUAUUGGUGUGUUAGAUAUUACCAGUUGUAAUAAAAUGGUGUAUUUAAUCACUAAUGAAUCAUGUAUAAAUCAACUUUAUAUUUAGAAAUAUAAUAUUCAGAAUUCAGAUUAGUUAUAGUAUGAAUACUUACAAAUAUCAGGAGAAUAAUAGUUGGUAAUCAAAGGUUUUGUGAUGUUUUCCUCAAAUCAAAGUUUAUAGUGCAAUUUUAUUUGAUAUACAUUUUUUGAUUUGUAAAUUAGUAUUUCUGAAAAGAUUUGUCCCAUUGUAGCCUUGACUGGCUAUUCAAUAAAUUACUUUAUUUUCAUAAAUGCUUGAUAUGUUCCACACUACAAUAAAAGAGUGUUUUCAUUAAUAAAAGCAUUCCUUGAAA